CCAGUCUUCACCUUACCAGAAAUGAGCUCUGCAACAGGAUUUGACACAAAAAGCGAGCAAUGCCAGUUGUGACAGGAUGACAUGUAAGUUUGAUGCCCAACUCAAGAACAUUCACAUUCGGGAGCAGUGAUUUUAGCAGACAAUGAGAUUUUUGAGUGGACGCAAGUUUUUACACACACUGUGACACAAAUGAAGGGAACAGUUUUCUCAACAUUCAGGAGUCAAAAGAGCUCAUUGUUGAUAAAGCCUGGGGGGAACACUUUAAGAUAAAUUAAAGAUCUCCCAGAACAACUCAGCUUGGGCGGUUACCUUUGAAGAAUAGAACUGUAAGUAAGAAAUAAUGAACACAUCAGAGAACGAGACAUUCAUGUACUUGGACUAUGACUAUAAUGGCAGCUGCGAUCAGGAUCCCAGUCUGGAGUUGCCUAUUAGAGCCAAGUUGGUUCUGUACUACAUGCUGUUUUGUCUAGGCCUGCUAGGCAAUGCAACAGUUCUCUGGGUUCUCCUCCGGCACAUAAAGCUGAAGACUAUGACAGACAUAUGCCUCCUCAACCUGGUCCUGUCUGACCUCAUACUGGCUGCAUCCCUGCCCCUCUGGGUGUACGAUUCACAGAACUUUAUAUCAUGCAAACUGAUGACUGGAGUCUAUCAGCUGGGCUUCUACAGUGGGACUUUGUUUGUGACCCUGAUGAGUGUGGACCGCUAUCUGGCCAUCGUCCAUGCUGUUGCAGCCAUGCGAGCCCGGACACUUCGCUAUGGAAUCGCUGCCAGCAUCACUACCUGGGUUAUAUCUAUCAUCAUGGCAAUCCCUCAGGUGAUAUUUGCCUCCUUGGAGAUAGAACCGGAUUACAACAGCUCCCAGUGUCAGCCACUGUAUCCAGAAGACAGCCAGCGGUUUUGGAAGAUGCUGCGAAACUUCAGUGAGAACACAGUGGGCCUUUUUGUGUGCCUCCCCAUCAUGAUUUUCUGCUAUGUGAAAAUCCUUGUUGUCCUGUCCAAGUCCAGGAACUCUAAAAAGGACAGAGCCGUAAAACUGAUAUUCACCAUAGUGUGUGUGUUUGUGGUGUGCUGGGUCCCCUACAAUGUCAUAGUUUUCCUUCAGACACUGCAGCUGUUUGAUAUCCUGAGCACCUGCAAGGAUUCAAACAACAUCAACACUGCCACGAUGUUUGCUGAGAUCAUUGCAGUGUCUCACUGCUGUGUAAAUCCAGUCAUCUAUGCAUUUGUAGGGGAGAAGUUUAAGAAGUCACUGGCAAAUGUGCUGAAUAGAUACCCUUGUUGGAGUCACCAGACCAGAUGGAGCCACAGAGACACCAUAGAGAACGAGACUUCAAACACACCUGUAAGAUCAGAUUAUUAGGAAUGAUAAACACACCUGCGUGGUCCUGUUAUAGUUGCAUGUAUCAUGUAAUGUUUUUGUUUUUUUAAUUUCCGAGACUACAAAGUUAUGUGUGUGUGUGUGUGUGUGUGUGUGUGUGUGUGUGUGUGUGUGUGUGUGUGUGUGUAUGUGUGUGUACUGUAAAUAUUGUUACACAGCUUAUUACCAAGUAGGAAUAUGGGAAUGCUUUAAGUAGAAUUUUAUAAAACAUUCAUUCAAAUCAUGUAAUUCUAAGUACAUUUGUAAUAUGUAGACCUAUUCAAGUAAAAUAAAAAAAAUCAAACUUGA